GUUGUAGUUCCCAGUGCUGCCGGACUCACGUGGGUCGCCAUGGCUGGUUUGGAGCUUCUGUCGGAUCAGGGCUACCGGGUGGAUGGCAGAAAGGCGGGCGAGCUGCGCAAGAUCCAGGCCCGGAUGGGGGUGUUCGCUCAGGCUGAUGGCUCUGCUUACAUAGAGCAGGGGAACACCAAGGCCCUGGCAGUGGUGUAUGGGCCGCACGAGAUCAGGGGGUCUCGCAGUAAAGCGCUCCACGAUCGCGCCGUCGUGAACUGCCAGUUCAGCAUGGCCACCUUCAGCACGAGCGAGAGGAAACGGCGUCCGCACGGAGAUCGCAAGUCCACCGAGAUGACGCUGCACCUCAAGCAGACCUUCGAGGCGGCCAUUCUGACCCAGCUCUAUCCCCGCUCGCAGAUAGACAUCUUCGUACAGAUCCUUCAGGCCGAUGGUGGUAAUUACUGCACGAGCGUCAACGCCGCCACCCUCGCGGUGAUAGAUGCCGGCAUCCCCAUGCGGGACUACGUUUGCGCAUGCUCGGCCGGUUUCAUCGAGGACACGCCGCUGGCCGACCUCAGCUACGUGGAAGAGACAGCCGGCGGACCUCAGCUGGCUUUGGCGCUGCUUCCCAAGUCCGACCAGAUCGCCUUGUUGGAAAUGAACUCUCGGCUCCACGAGGACCACCUCGAGCGAGUGAUAGACGCGGCGAGCAAGGCCUGUAAGGAUGUCUACACCGUGCUGGACCAGGCCGUGAGAGAGCACCUUCAGGAGGUCAGCAUGCUGGUGGGAGACCGAGGAACCGUGUGAAGGCCACCAAACCCAGCUAUCUUCUAAGGAGUGCUGCCAAAGAGGAGACCGGCAAGCGGCUUCACGCGCUUUGUGUGGGAGAAGCUGAAGCUCCGUUGGGGACUCGCCAAACUGACCAAAAAAAAUUAAAAGUGAAGAACGACCAUACUGGGCAGAGAGGAGGCGUUUAUCUCUAAACGGCUGUAAAAAAAAUAUCAAAAGCUAUUCAUGCUGGACUCGGAGCCCCUCCUCCUACGCUGUUGUGUUUUCUUAUACUAUAGCUGCAUAUAAAUGUUCUUUUUAAAAUAAAAA